GACCCAAACCAAGUAACAGUGAAGGAAGAAGAAGGGAAAUGUGGUCCUAUCGGAAGCAAAACAACCAGGCAAAAAAAACGGUGCCCUCUUCCUUCAUGUGAUUCGAUCGUUUACCAUAUCCCCCGUCAUCUUAAAGAAGUUCAUGGUUGGACCAAAGAGCUUUCUCGGACUGCUCUUUCACGAUUUGGUUUAAGGAAGAGCUACGCAUACACGGAACCCAGCAAGGUUACAGCAAAGAAAAAGAAACCAAACCCAGAAGUCAAAGUAAAAUCGGAGGGCGAAAAAAAGGCUAAAGAUUACCACCAUUAUCGUUACUGCCCAGUCGGUGGGUGUACCUCACUAGUAAAACGCCUUCCUCCUCAUUUAAAGAAAGUACACAAGCUAAUUUCAGGGUCCAAGGAUCACAAGGAGGCCAUGUCAAAAGUAAGAGGUCCCAUAAGAGAUUCACAACGAAGGCCUUAUCACGAAAGACCAAGGCGUACAGCUGAAUCUUGUGAAACUCCAUCAGAGCAUCCUUCCUGUUCUUUUGAAGUAGAGGUUAUCAGCAGCGAAGAAGAAGAAAAGGGCAGUGACAAGUCCGCUAAAACAACACAUCAAGAUAUGCCCUCUCAGCUUGUCAGUUUUGAAGCCUGGCUACAAUCGGCCGAUGGUGGGAAGCUGGAUAAAAAGACCAGUCGACAACACACCAAGCAAGUCUUCAAGCUCUUGAAUGCAAUAGAUGCGAAGCGUAAAUUGUUAUCGCUGUUCGAUGCCCGCCUCCUAAAUGACAGGUUCCUCGAGGGACAUGUAAGCAAAGAAUACUCUCCCAAAACCGUCCAGUCAUACUUAAUGAGCCUUCGCCACUUUUUCUCGUUCUCUUUGACGGAUGAUGCAGAUGUACCUAUUUCCAAGGAGGCGAUCAUCUCCCUAAGAGAUAAAGUCACACGUUGGUCCUCGUCAUAUCGGGUACAAUGCUCAAAGCGUCACUGGGAGAAGAUGAAAGAGGAUUAUGAAGCUCUAAUAACUCCUGAUCAAAUCAACGAGUUCGAAAGAAGCAAAGCUGCAAGGGACGCAAUUUGCUUAUUAGGCCAGCUAAGCGGUGCCCACAACAUUGUCAUAACUCAAGCUCAGUACACGCUGAUUCGUGAUUUUUUGCUAGUUGAAAUAUCCAUUGACAACGCUAACAGGGCGGGUGUUCUAGCAAACAUGACAGUGGAAGAAUUCAACAGUGUGACGAAAGAGAAUGAUGAUUACCUGGUUCUUGUAAAGAGGAGUAAGACUUUGUCUACCCAUGGCCCAGCCAGGAUCGUUUUAAGUCCAAAGUUGAAGAGCUGGAUACAAAUCUACAUCCGGGAGGUGCGUUCACAGGCUGCUGGUUCAACUAAUCGGCCAGACGAUUCUGUAUUUCUUUCAUUCUUCGGAGAGCCAAUGGUCUCGAGUCAGAUCAAUAAAGCUAUGAAGUCUGUUUGGAAGAAGGCUGAAGUGGAGGGUGCGCCCAGUUCUACCCUAUUUAGGAAAUCGGCCGUCUCCAACAUUCACAGCUGCAAUGACAGUAACGAAGCACGCGAAAAUCUAGCUGACUUGAUGGCGCACAAUAUUUCAACGGCAAAGAAGUACUAUCGACUGCAGGAGAAAUCGAAGUCUUCUGUUCUCGCCUCCAAACAGCUUCGCCAAGUGAUGCGUCAAGAUACAGAAGAGAGUUCAAGCAAGACCAAUUCAGAUAAGAUAGAGACGCCCAGAGAUCCUAUAUCGAAAUAUUACGGUCUGCAGGAAAAGAGCAAAUCUUCUGUUGAAGCAUCAAAACAGCUGCGCACCGUUAUGCGAGGACUAGACCAAACAGACAGACCAGACAGUCCUCCUCUUUCCUCCAACCCACCUGCUUCAGAUUCCAUAGCUCCUAAAACUUCAAGAACUUCAUGGGAUGAGGACAUGGCAGAUGCGAUCAAGACUCUUUUCAAAGAUGAAAUUAAAGAUAAAGCUAUUACUUUGCAAACGGUGAAAACCAAAAUUUCUGAUCAUCUGCAGCUGAAGGAAGAAGACCCCAAAAGAGUCUUGGACAAGGUACGUGCCUUUUGGCGUUUCAGUAAGUCUCCUUCUCCAGAAACUCCAUGCCUUCCAACUGAGGUGGAAACACUAGACAAACGUGUGUCAAGGAUGCUUCCAGAGGAGAGUGAGACCUCUAGUGAUAUCAUUCCACCGACUGUGUCAAGUAGCGUAAGGAACGUUUUUAAAGCAACCGAACUUCAAGGAAUAAAGAACCUUUUUGUUGAAAUGUUAGAACAUUCAGCGCCAAUAUCAAAGCCCCAAAUUAAGAAGUGCCUGGAUAAGGAAGACUGGGGUCAGGAAAUGUUGAAGAAAGUUUUCCUGGACACCGUCGUGAACCGGAUAAAAUAUGAAAGGCGUCUAAGGAGGGCUUCUAAAAAGUGA